UAACAGCCUAUGAGAUGGAUUUAGCAUGGUGGUGUUUGGAUGAUAGUACAGAGAAAGAAGAAGAUGUUGAUAAAGUUGAGAAUAAAGUAUCUUGUAAAGACCCGAAGUCUGAUGCAAAUUGUGAGACAAGUUUACUCGAAUGGUUCUGGGAUAAUGCAGAUUGUAAUGAUUUUGUGAAAGAGGUAGAGAAUACGAAGGAAAGGGCAGUUAAAGCAAGUGAUGAAAAGGAGAGUAGUGAAAACAAGAAAAAAGAGGAUGUGAGUGGAUUGUAUAGUAUCGGACAUUGUGGUAAUGAAAAGAAGGAAAUUAAAAGUGGAGUCAAUAAUGAUGAUGUUUUGGAUGGUGACUAUACUAUGACCUACGAUGUAAUGAAUGUAUAUUUCAGUAAUGAUGGAAACCGGGUAUGCGAAAUAAAUGAAAAAUGCUGUAGCAUACCUGAAGAUGCUGAGAAAAUUGAUGAAACGAUCGUCGAAAUGGAUAAUC